GUGUGUGCAUGCGUGUGUGUGUGUACACCUCGGGGCUGGGAUUUCAUGUUAAAUAUUCAAAAUGGCGGACGGAGGAGCAGCGAGUCAAGAUGAGAGUUCAGGACCAGAUUCUAAAAUGAGUAAUCACUCGCAAACGACUAAAUGUGCAAUGGCGAGUGGUGAAGGAAACACAGGAGCCCAGACAAAUGGACUGGACUAUUCGAGGAGCAUACCAACCACAUGUGCAAUCACUAACGCACACGCACAAGCCCUCCUCCAACAGUCAAUGUCAGAAGACACAGCUCUUCCGACCUCCGUCCAGCAGAAUGCGUUGCCUCAGACCCAGCUAAUGCUGGCAGGGGGACAGAUAGCGGGAUUGACCCUGAGUCCAGCGCAGCAGCAGAUGCUGAUCCAGCAGGCCCAGGCCCAGCUCCUGGCUGCGGCCGUGCAGCACUCAGCCAACCAGCAGAACAGCACCACGGGUGCCAGCAUCUCAGCCUCCGCUGCCACGCCCAUUACCCAGCUGUCCCAGCCCAUCCAGAUCACCUCGCAGCUUCAGCAGCUCCAACAGCAGAACCUGGGUAUGCCCCAGUAUGUCCUGGUGCAGCCCGGACACCACAUCGCUACGUCACUGCAGCCCACACAGUUCAUCAUCUCACAGACACCGCAGGGCCAGCAGACGCUAUUGCAAGGCACGAGUCUUUUAACUCAACUACCUCAAAGCCAAGCCAACCUCCUGCCGUCUCAACAGAGCAUCUCUCUGACCACUCAGCCUGCAACACCAACCCGUACGAUAGCAUCUACCCCUCUCCAGUCCCUCCCCCACAGCCUGACCCCCCCAAAACGGCUGGACACCCCCAUCCUGGAAGAGCCCAGUGACCUGGAGGAGCUAGAGCAGUUCGCCAAGACCUUCAAACAGAGACGCAUCAAGCUAGGCUUCACGCAGGGGGACGUGGGCCUAGCCAUGGGGAAGCUUUAUGGCAACGACUUCAGCCAGACCACCAUCUCCCGCUUCGAGGCCUUGAACCUGAGCUUUAAGAACAUGUGCAAACUCAAGCCCCUGCUGGAGAAGUGGCUCAACGAUGCAGAGAACCUGUCGUCUGACCAGUCCCUGUCCAGCCCCAACGCCCUGGGCUCCCCCGGCCUGGGCAUCGAGGGCCUCAACCGCCGGCGCAAGAAAAGGACCAGCAUUGAGACCAACAUCCGCGUGGCCUUAGAGAAGAGCUUUAUGGAGCAAAACCAAAAGCCUACAUCGGAGGAGAUCACCAUGAUCGCCGACCAGCUCAACAUGGAGAAGGAGGUGAUCCGGGUCUGGUUCUGCAACCGCCGUCAGAAGGAGAAGCGUAUUAACCCCCCCAGCAGCUGCCACUCUGUGGGCCACACCCCCAUCAAAACCAUCUUCAACCCCAGCAGCCCUCUGGUGGCCAGCACAGCAAGCCUUGUGAGCAGUCCUACUCUGACCACCCCCUCCACCCUGACUGUAAACUCAGUGAUGCCCCUGUGUAGCACCAGCGUCUUCACAGGCACCACCAUGGGCAUGACCAACACGGCCUCGGUCAUCUCGACCACGCCCAUGGUGACCACCAUGGCCAGCUCGCCGGUGCUGAGCCCGUCAGUGGUGAGCCUUCACUCGGAGGCAAGCAAGGCCAGCGGCCACGAGCACAUGGUCAUCACGCCCACGUCCCUCGCCGCCACGUUCAGCGGAGGCGGCCAAGUGAUGGUGUCUGCGUCCGGGCUGUCGGCCGCCCUGCAGAACGCCGCUCAGUUACCCAACAACUUCGCCGCCAUUGCCGCCGCAGCCGGACUCAACCCGGGGCUCAUGGCGUCCCCUCAGUUUGCGCCAGGGGGGGCGCUGCUAAGUCUCGGCCCGGGUGGUCUCGGAGGAGCCCUGGGUCCCACCCUCAUGAGCAACAGCACCCUAGCCACACUGCAAGGUGUUUGGAGUGCUCUGACCUCCGGCGGUAGCCUGCCCAUCACCUCCCUGGACGGCAACCUGCUGUUCGCCAACACCUCGGGGGGCAACGCGCACAACCUGGUGACGGCGCCGCUCUUCCUCAACCCCCAGAACCUGUCGCUGCUCACCAGCAACCCCGUGAGCCUGGUGUCGGCCGGGGGGGCGGGCGGGGGGCCCUGCAGCUCACCAGCGACGCCCACCACCAAGCCACCACCGCCGGCAUGCCCGCCUCCACCAUCACCACAGCCUCCAAGGCCCAGUGAGGCCUGCCUGCGCAGGCCCCUCGUAGCGCGCACUGCCCCGGGGCCAUCCCACGCGCCCUGUGCUGUGGGGCCGGUCACUGGGGGAGUCGGAGGGAGCGGGGGGAGUCAGAGUUAGAUUGACAUCGGCUCGACGCUUCAGCCCCGCUUUUCAAUCCUCCUUCUUCUACUCGUCCGUUCCUCCAACCCCCCCCCCCACCCCUGUUGAAAUGUCAUUGUUUUCGCUGCCACCAAAAAUUGUAGUCCGCCUCUAACCCAGGUGAGACAGUCGUUGUCUUUCGUUUUUGUUUUCCUGCUACAGUGUCACACACACCGUAGCCAGACUGUUCUACCACAGACUCCCGCUCCAAGCCCAGAGUCACCACUGUGGUACCACUGAGCUGUUUGUCUUGUUCACUUUAAUUUUUUUGUGAGUGUCUGUGUAUGUAUAUCUAUAUAGAUAUAUACUAUGUAUCCUUUCUAAUUCAGAAUUAGCUCUGGAAUACUUUCUAACCAAAAAGUCAUGAUUAUUUCUUUUUCAACUUUCUAACCACCAAAUUGUUAACCAUUAACAAUACUCAUCAUCACUAAAGGGGGCUUGUGCGUCCCCCAAAUAAUAGUUUAUCUAUCGGGUACUGUUGGACAGACCCAUACCAAAUUCAUAUCAAAGUUAUGUCUUCUAGGACGUAUGAUUUAGUUGUUUUUUAUGUUUUUCUUUUAUAUAUCUUUUUUUUUUUUUAAGCGUCUAAAUCUAAUAUCAACCUAAAAUGAAUCGUUCAACUCCUAUAUCACUUUCUAACUGUGGUUAUAAGGCUUUAAAAACGAGUAAUAAGUGGCCGAUGUGACGCUUGUUGCUUUAAGGGUGCGAAGGAGCAGACGUGUCCCUUCAGUCCACUCUGUCUGUAAACACUGAGCUCUACACGCCGCAGCAGUGGCGUGACCGCCACCCAGUUGGCUUCUGUUUGUAAACUGGCCGUCUGGGCGCCGACCAUAGACACUGAUCGGGGCUCGACUCCUCACGUCGAGAGCUUUAAAGCGGCGCCGCACACAAGCGGCACGUUCCGAACGAGGGUGUCGACGAAGAAAUAUUAUCGAAUUAUUAUCAUUAUUAUUCUUAGUUGAUGAUCGUGGUGGUUGAACUGUCGGGCUUCAGUGGGUGUGUGUGUGUGACCGGGUCCCCACAGGGCCCCCAGUCGCCAGAGGGCACAGGCUGUGCUGCAGUCGGCACGGAGGGCCACGAUCAUCACACUAACACAUUGGGUAGGUGGGUUGUUUUUUUUGUUGCCUGUUUUUUUUACGUACCGUCGUAUCUACUUGUGCACAGUAUCUGUACCAAAAAAAAGGAACUGGAUCAUUGAGCUGCAGUCUGCCUGUUGUAUGAGGUGUGAAAAAUCUGUUGGCGUUUUUUUUUUUUAACGGUCCUUUUUUAGGUUGCAGUCGUUUGACUGGCUUACUUCAAGAAAUACCAAAAAUAUUUGUUAAAACAAUUGUGUAGUUUAGCAUAGCCUAGUCGAUAUAUUUAUUAAUACAACAUUUCUCAUUGUCAGCAAACUAUAGAAAUGCAAUAUUUUGAUCAUUUUCCAAAGAUAACUUUUUAAGUUUUUUUCCUUGCUCAGCUUUUAAUUGGCAGCACAAAUUACCAAAUAUGGGUUUGGCAGGUCGGGGCAUGAGGAAGCGGUUUCCUUCCGCUUAGUUUCUAUAAAUAACCUGGGUGGGAAUUUUUAAUGGUUUUAUAAUUUUGGGCCCUCUUUAAUCUUGUUCGGUUCUCUGAUUCCUACAGUGAACAUGGUCUAGGCUAUUUUUAGUAGCGGUUUUGAACUAUAAUAACGCUUUUAGGAGAACUUGUCAGUUUUCGGUUGGAUUUUUAAGUUUUCCAAAAGAAAAAUAAGAGAAAAUCUAGCCAUAAUACUAAAGCUUAAACCAAAGUGGUUUUUUUCAUGCGCUGGUGUGCCUCCGAUAGCACGCAUGUUACUGUUGACCGUUACUCCCAUGCCUCCGUCAACCACCCCCCUCUUUCACUCAUACUUGCGUUCUUCGGUGGUUGUUGUUGCUGCUUAAUAAGGACCACAGGAAGAAAACUUAGCUUUAACCACUUGCUGCUUUCAGCGUCUAUGAAAGCCUCGUCUGUUGGCGGGAGGCCUGCAUGACCUCCUAUAGCUUUACCGCUGCAUCCUGGGAAAUUCAGGUGCAGCGGACCAGCCCCCCCCCCCCCCCCACUGUGAGAGUGCAGGGAGCAGCAGAUCAGUCUCUAAACCUGUCUUCUUGGAGACCGCCUGCGCCACCCCUUCCCAUUCCCCAACGUGCGUGUCCCUAAAGAGACACGGCGGUAGCUCGCUUGAUUACACCUGCUAAACCACGCUUGUACCAUGCCAAAGUAUCUGACCCAACCUGUUAGACGAAGCCGUGCGGAUAAUGUGCUGCACCUUCAGCCCCCACCUCCUCCUCCAUAUCCCUUCCUAGAAUCUCCUCACGAUUUUACUACUGCUAAAGAGGAGUCAAAUUAACAGCCACCGGUGGUUAUUCAAAACACUUGACCGCAGUGAAAUGUGUCCAUUGAAGUCCUUCUUUCUACUGGCAAAUUACUAUUGUCUGAAUAUACCUCAGCAGCACUUGGACGCAACGUUCUUUACUAGAAAUGUCUUGGCUGGAGAAGCGGUGUGGAAUGUACAAGCACUGUCUGGCUUGCCAUUUCGAAAUUGAUAGUGAACCACGAAUAAUAAUUAAAAAAAAUACUAAGACAACUUACUACUGCUAUUUUCUAGUACUACUAUUUAUGAGGUAUUUCCAGGUUAAACUGUUAUUUUGCGAUCCUUCUUGCCAAAGUGAUAGCCUCUCUCUCCGCAGCCUGGCCGGUGUCUUGCUGCUCACGUUUCUGGCUCCUCAGACCAGCGUAGGCUCUGAGGACCGGCCCUCUGUUAGUGUUGUUUGUACCCAAGAGUUUGAAGAGUGCGCUAGCAAGGUGUACCCAGUAGCCAUCGUCACCAUUGGGUUGUUACUGAAAUAUUUAUCCGAGGAACGACGUAAGAAUUAGAUUUCUUUUCUCUUUUUUUUCUUUCUCUCUUCAUUCUAUACAUAUAAAUAUAUAUAUAUUCAACACAUGUAAGAUAUAUUCAUAUUUUAUAUUUGAACCAGUAUGUUAUCAAGACUGAAUGUAGUGUUUAUCAUUCGUACUAAAAAGAAAAAAUCUUCCCCUAAAUACUUCCUUUUUAUUAUUGCAGAAUUAGCAGAACUUUUUUUGAAAACUGUCUAGACCAAAAAAGAAAGUACAAGAAGACUUGAGAACAUGCUUGUGUGGGCAGUGGGCACACAGGAGCCGCUGCCAGUUCUGUCUGUCUGUGUUAAUAGGUGCAACCUUUUCAGUGGCAGUGGCGAGUAAAGCCGUGCUCUGAUUGGACGCACUGCAUGGAAGUUGGGAAGAUGGAGACUCACAAACCAUCCUCGUUCUUAAUCUCAGUUUUAUAUAGUUUGAGUUGUUCUUUUGAGCUCUCCUGGACUUGAUUUGCCGUGUCGUCUUUAACAAUCAUUCGAUUUUUAUUAUUUUUUAUUACUUUAUGCCUUUAAUUGUUUUGUAUAGUGUCUGUGUGUGUGAGGGCAAGAUCACUGGCUUACUUCGUUUGAAAAUAACAAAAAAAUAUUAACUAUCAUUUAUGCCUUAUUGUUAUGUAGUAGACAAACGCAUUGUAGCAUUGUUGUUGUUGAUGUGUGUCUGCGGGGGGAGCUGUCCCCAUCUGGUGUAGGGACCAGCUAGUGCAUUGUUUUCACUGAAACAGUUCAAUGUACGAUGGGCAUUUUGUGUGCUGUCCUGACGUGAUUGCGUUGCAACCUAUAGUUGUAUAGGUGUGACUCCAAACAGGCAGCAGAUGCCUGUGUAAAAGCUUUACUAAUAACUCCAGCAGGUGUGUAUGUGUGGGGGUGUGUGUGUGUGUGUGUGUGUGUGUGUGUGUGUGUAUAUGUGUGGGAGCACAUAUUUGGAUUGGAUUACAGAGAAAAUAGGGAGGGCAUCCAGCAAACCAUUAUGGUGCACCCCCCCCCCCCCCCCCCCCCCCCCCCAUCUUCCAAGAUGUGUUUGAGGGAUGUUAUACAACUGAAAUGAGAACCUGCCUGUCUUCAUUAAACCAAACAGUGGGUUCCCCUACCGAGUUCUUUUUAAGUUUUGGCUCGAUUCGUUGCAAAGAAAAAGAUUAUUUUGAUAGGUCAAGAUCUGUUUUUCUUUGUUUUUACUAAUUUGGUUUCCACUCUGUACUGAAUGUUUGGUCUCGCGCAAGGAGCCGCCGGACAUCGCCGUGGCCUGAAUGCUUUUUGAUUCGGUCGGGAAUUCAGUGAUCACUUUUCUAACGCUAAAUUAUGGAUCGUUGCGUCUCUUUUCAGUAGGCCAAGACGGUACCACUUGGCUAGCCGCUUUACCGUUGGUUUAAUGUUCAAAAGGUGGGAAACCUGUAUGGCAAGGGAGCUGUUGUAUACCUCAUUUCUAUCACGAAGAACGAGUCAAACUUGCUUUAAUCUGUAGUAAUAAUAGUGAUAUAAAAAAAAAGAGAAAAAAAACUAAAAAUAACAUACGAUAUCGUUGGAGAAGCCCACGCGCCUGCCAGUUAUAGAAAGGGGUUGUGAGAUGCCUUCACCAGGGAGAGACUGUACAUGCCAGUAUCGCUUGUUCUUUUUUUUUUCUAACCCCCCCCCCCCCCCCUCGAGGUCACAAGUAAACCCUCAUGGUUUACAUUUAUUUUUUCAAGCAGUCUUUAAAAAUGUUUUAUUGUAAGAUAUAUGUAUAUAAUUUAUUCAUUUUAUUUUUAUAUGCGUCAGAGCAAAACCACACGCCUUGCUUAAAAUAUUUUUGGUUAUGUUUUGUGUUUUUAAGUAGUGGAAUGCUUUUCUAUGCCCCGCCACCCUAUAUAACAUAUAUUCCUAUGAUUUGACAAUCCUUUCUUGUUUGAUUCCGUUAUGGUACAUGUAUAAGUCUCCCUGGGUGAUUCGUAUAUCACAGCUCUGUUUGUAGUGCUCUUUUCUGUGGUAACAACAACAUUAACCAAAGACUAAUAGUGAUUGUAUGUGGAAGUACCUUUACCCCUCCCUGGCUUCCGGCCACUGCUUGACAUCACAUUGCAACCCAAGUGCCCAUCGGUGUUGGUUUAGCAUUUUGAGCCCAAAGACAGUCGUGUCUGCUGACAUGGGAGUGGUACAGUUAGGGUGGGUAUUCAUGGGCUUCUCCAGCAGAUCAAAAGUAAACCAAUCCGGUGAUGGCUGCGUGAUAUUUGUUAAUACACACUGAGGGUUAAUCCUGUGCACACUGUAAAUGCUCAGGACCUAAUAUCUGUCUGUCUUCAUCGCUGUUGCUAUAGGUUACUUUUUGUCCCUUUCCUAAAGACCUUACCCCGUAGAUGCUCUGUCGCUGCCUCUUCCGUACACACUGCGUCUGUCUGUGCCCCCCCCCCCCCCCCCCCGUACACUGUAUUCCCUAGCGUGCUCGUCGUGAUCCCGGGGUGCACGUCUUGUCGGUUUCCCGCAGAAUUCUACCGCUUCACUCUCUUGUUGUCCAAGCUUCGCUUUUGACCUCAUGUCUCUCUUGUGUCUUGGGGGGGCUCCGCUGUGACACUAUGCAUCACGAUGCAGCACCCUGCCGGAGCUGCGUCCUACUGGCUCACGGGGCACCUGACUUCUGGCCCCGGCGAGUUUCGGUGACGCCGUUUCUUUGUUGUUGUUGUUGUUGGUGUUUUUUUUAUCUCAAAGCUAUUGUUACACGUGUGGUCGCAGGAUCUCACAAGCCGAUAUCCCAAAGCAAAAAUCCAAAUAUUUAACUUUUGACAAAUGCAGAUACCAAAGAUGACUCUCUGUUCUGUGUCUCUUGAUCUCUCUCGGUCCUUCAACCCACAGCUUGUGUAUUAAGAGACAAACCCAGCACUGGCUUUUGUCAUAGCCUCAGUAAUUCCAAAGCUUAGAUGUAUAUUUUGGUAUAUUUCUGAGAAACCUAAGUGGGGGUUAAAAAAGGUCUGUUCAACUUCUUGUUAGUCGUAUCUCUUUUUUCUUUCACAGCAUGGAACUAAUUGCAGAACUGUCUUACUCUUGGUAGGUUAAAGAAAUAGUAUUUUUGUAUGUUUUUGGGUGUGUUGUGUGUAUGUGCGUGUGUGAUAUCGGUCCCCAUCCCAAGUGAACAUGGUUAAAAGAAUAAGAAAAGAAAAAAAAAUAAGGUAAACAUGUACAUAUUUCUUCUGUUUGUGUAUCUGGAGGGGAAGGCAUUCUGUAAAGGCAUUGCGUUCUCUGUUGGUGAGUCGGGGCCGAAACUAAAGGAAUGGCUCCCAGUUCUCAUUUUCUCUUCUAAAUCUGAAUCUGACUGUCCAUAGAACUCUAAAUACCCACACUGUCGUCGUGAACCUGAAACCUGAGUCUUUCGGUGUCACUACGGAUGCGAAUCCUGCUCAGCAGAAAUAGAAGGGAGGGAGACCCCCUUCUGAUGCGACCACAAAAGGCCUUCAGGGUCGGAGACGUAGAAAAGGAAGCUUGGGUAGAAACCGUAUGUGAAUCAGGAUACGUAGUCGAUAUUUUGAUGCAUUUGUCUGCUGUAUUUUUUUUGUUUUUUUUAUACACAUAUAAAGAUCUUUUACUGUAAACUGUACAGUUCUCUUUUGUUGUCAACAUCAUUAAACCAUUUUCAAAGUGUUUUAA